UAGCACCUCAUGUGUUAAAUAGUAAUUCAUCUGAUUGGAGAUAGAUUUAUUUGAAAAUAGUAUAGGUGGCAUCACUUGCAUCUUUCAUUUCGCUUUGUGGGCUGUAGAACGAUAGGAAAAAUCAUUCCAAGCGUGGUUGAAAAUUUGUCGACUCGUACUCGUUUUAGCUGAGUUUUCACUGCGAAUAAAAAGUACAAUAGUGCUCAAAUUCAACUUUAUUAACAUUAAAAGUGAAGUAAAAUAAUGGCUUCAUAUUGUUUUAUAAAGAAAAAGUGUAUGAAAUAAGUGUGAAGUGAGAAAGCCGAAAAAUUCUCGAACGCUUUCGAGCUAUCCAUUUGUGAGUGAUAAUCACCGUGGAGAAGAACGAGUAGUGGAAAAAAAGUUGAAAAAGGGCGCUCCGCUGGCAGUUUACAGUAAAAAAAAAAACUUCACCUCGAUUCAGAAAAAUUCAACACUCCCGCUCACUUCAUGUUCCACUCGACGUUCCAAUAAAAACGGACAUAUAUACACACAGCCAUUUUGCAGAGAGAAAUAUACAUACAUAUAUACACUGCGUAUAUACGGGCGCGUAUUCAGUCGCUACGAGUGAUAUAUUUUUCACUAUUUCUUUUAACAGAACAGAUAGAAAUUGUAGAAAUUUGUGCAAUUAAAAAAGCAAAGUUAUCGAGUUGAAAUUGUGUUUACGUGUAUGCAAUAAUUGAGCGUGAAAAAAUAUACAAGAAAAAUCUAAAAGUGUACAAAAGGGCUUGAGUGCUUACUGAUUCGGCUCGUUGCCGAGUACACAUGUUGGUAUAAUUGCCACACUGCCUCAAAUUAGCAAAAGGCUAGCUUAAUUUUUUAUUUAACGUCUAUGCCGCCAAUUGGAUUGAUUUUAAGACGAUAGCUGUUUGAAAUUACUGCGCAACGCUCCGCAACGGACGACGUUCGUUAAUCUCCAAGCGGUUUGCGCAAUACAAUUCCCGUUCCGUGAGAAGAAGACUGUUUUGAAUGGAUCCUUUUGUCGGCUGGUUUCAAGAGGAACAGGAGGGUCCAGCAUUACGCACAUGGUGUAAAAUUUGGGAGACCAAUGCGCAUGAUAUGAGCCAAUUGUUGGAACAACAGAGCCAACAAUUACAGCAACUUCAAAGCUCUGGCAAUAGCAAAUUAAACGGUACUUUAAGUGCACGCGAUCGUGAUUCUUUACAAUUGCUGCUACAGCAAGUUGGUAACGGCGGGCUGCGCAAUUCCAUCUACAAUAAUAGUAAUAGUAAUAACAACAACGGUAGUAGCGGCACAAAUAGUGGCAAUACAUCCAGCAACAAUUCAAUUGACUCGACGAGUAACAACGACUCCAUCACACCGGCUACCACACCAGGCGUAGGAGGCGGGGAUAAUAAUAGCACGAAAAUGCCAUCACACGAUCGUCCAAGCUAUUAUAAUCCAUCUCGUAGGAAAAUUGGGCGUAUAGUAGACAACAAGGCGAGUACAUUUAAUGUCAACAAAUAUAUGGGUAAACUAGUUAUCAAGUACAAAGGUUGUCCUUGGCGUGUGCCGGGUUUCGAGUAUGGACGCGGAGUUAUCGGCUUACAUCAGGAAAUUGAACAGUUUUACAAUUAUGUGUUACCUACGCCCACCGAACACGCUAUACGUAACGAAGUUGUGCAACGUAUUGAAGCGGUGGUACACUCUAUAUGGCCAAAAGCGAUUGUGGAAAUUUUCGGUUCCUUCCGUACAGGUCUGUUUCUGCCCACAUCGGAUAUCGAUUUGGUUGUUUUAGGUUUAUGGGAGAAGGCGCCCCUGCGCACGCUCGAAACAGAACUGAUUGCCCGCGGUAUUGCUGAGCCACAUUCGGUGCGUGUACUUGACAAAGCGUCAGUGCCUAUUAUUAAGCUUACAGAUCGUGAGACACAAGUGAAAGUCGAUAUUUCAUUUAAUAUGCAAUCGGGCGUACAAUCGGCCGAAUUAAUUAAGAAAUAUAAGCAGGAAUUUCCACUGUUGGCGAAACUGGUGCUUGUUCUGAAGCAAUUUCUGCUUCAACGUGAUCUCAAUGAAGUUUUCACCGGUGGCAUUUCCUCAUAUUCACUGAUAUUGAUGUGUAUCAGCUUUCUGCAGCUGCAUCCGCUCCAAAUUGACCACGAUAGAGCCAACUUGGGCGUGCUGUUGCUGGAGUUUUUUGAACUUUACGGACGUAAGUUCAAUUAUAUGAAGAUCGGCAUAUCGAUUAAAAAUGGCGGCCGCUACAUACCUAAAGAGGACCUGCAACGUGAAAUGAUCGAUGGUCAUCGUCCUUCUUUGCUAUGCAUUGAAGAUCCCCUAACGCCGGGUAAUGAUAUUGGUCGUAGCUCGUAUGGUGCUCUGCAGGUGAAACAAGCAUUUGAGUAUGCGUAUAUGAUGUUAGCUAAUGCUGUUAGUCCACUCAACGAAUUCGGUAGUAAUUGCACAGAACGCACCAUCCUAGGGCGUAUAAUCCGCGUGACUGAUGAUGUUAUUGACUACCGAGAGUGGAUACGAGAACAUUUCGAGCAUCUGGUGGUCCCGCUAACGCCCAACAGUGGCAGUGCCGUUAAGUUCAUUCCGUCGAUGCUACCACCUGGAGUUGUAACACCACCGUUGCAGCAUCAACACUUACAUCCACUGGCGCAGCAACAAUUGUACCACCAACAACAGACUGUGAUGGCGCAACGGUUACGACGGAGUAGCGUCAGCUCUGGUGAAGACUCUGAAGAUAGCAAAGAAUGUGAUGUAGACUCAACGUCAUCUCCACCGAUUACACAGCAAAUUCAAAAUCAUCAACAGCAACAACAGGUCCUACAACCGAGCAUACAAAUGCACCAGCUGCAACAACAACAGCAGCAGCAACAGCAACAGCAACAACUACUAUCUGCAGCACAACCCGCCCAACAACAGCAACAGCAGCCGCCUGCGCAGCAAACGCAACUACCGACCCAACAACAGCAGCAGCCACAGUUGGUGAUGCAGCAGCAGCUACAGCAACAACAACAACAAAUUCACACGCAAUGUCCGCCUCCGCAAAAACAGCAAUCGCCGCCGCGACAACAGAAGCAACCUUCGCCGCCGCAGCAGCAAAAGCAAUUAUCCCCGCCCCGACAACAGCAGUUGCAUGCCCAGCAACAACAACAACAGCAGCAAGCGCAGCAAAGAUUCUCCGGCCCAUCAAAUCGCCGUCAAUUCUAUGUGCCACCUCCAAUGCAACAGCAAUAUCAGCAACAGCAGCAGCAACAACAACAACAACUAAUAUCCAAAUCGUCUUCAACCGAAUCGUAUACGAAUGCGACAAGUACAAGUGUUACUUCCAGCUAUGUUGGCAAUACCAAUAAUAAUGGUGGCAAUAGUAGCAACAACAGCAGCAAUAACAAUAAUAAUCGAUCACGUUAUACACAACGCCCAUCGCAGCAACAACAACAACAGCAACAAGUGCGCCAACAACGUGUACAACAGCCGGCAAUGCGUCAGCAACGUUACAAUGCGAGAGCUUCAUCGCCAGCGGGCACGUUAUCCCGCUCAGCGACGAAUCCAUUGCAGCAGCAGCGCGCGACACUCACCUCAGCAUCGUCGACGAUUUCCAUAAUUUCCAUAUCAUCCGAGUCUUCAGUGGCAUCAUCAUCAUCGUCGAAUAGCUCGGAGUCGGCGUCGGCAUCAGCGAAUACAAGAUCGGGCCAACGCAAUCGCGAUGGAAACGAAAGAAGGAAGAAGCACCAAUCAGGUAGCAGUAGAUCUAGUACCAGCAAAUAGAGACGUAUCAACAGCAUGCUGACUGUAUCGUGCAAAAACGUUGGAGUUGCGAAAGCCGUCAUAAGCAGCAACGCAGUCAUCCAAGCGGAGUAGUAGACCGCAACGCACCGACUGCCUCUGAUGAUCGUGUGAGAUGGGAAAUCAUUUCAAAAGCACAACGAAGAGUUUGCGCGCACGCUCAGUUUAUAACCGAUACAUACACAUACACCCACACACAAUAUAUAUUUUAGGACACUAUUAGGCAUCUAAGAGGUUAUGUAUAUGUUUAGGUACUUUUAUGUAUAUGAAACACGUACACAUUUGCAGAUAUUGUAGGAUAACUGGCCAAAUAUACAUAUGUAUGUACAGAGCAGUAGUAAUACUUCAUAUAGGUUUACGAGCGCGUCGCAUAGUACAGUUGUGGUGGACAAGGCAGGGGAAAUUCACGGCGAAAGCCAAAGAAUGUCGCUAAGAAGUGAUUUGUGCUUGCAUUAUACAUACAUAUAUAUCUAUAAUUACUGGGCUGAUAUUAGUAGAGAAUAGUUCAUAACCUGUGCCUAUUUUAACAUAAUAAUAAUAAUAAUAACUUAAAAUAUAUGCAACAAAUGCUUAAACAACAAUUAAUGUUUGUUGUACAAAAAUUCAUAUUAUACACACCCGCAACGAUACCCCCCACACACACACACACACACACACACACAUGAACGUUGCUGAUAAAAUGCUACUGAUUCAGAAUUAGAUUUAAAUUCAGAUUCAAAAUGUUGUAAAUGAUGAUAAAUACCGUGUGUAAUAGGUUUUUGGUGUAUUGUAUGUGUACAUAGUAGAGUUGCCAGCCACAGUAGUAACUAAAUUGAAUGACAAAUGACGUACAAAUCCGUUCGGGGACCUUGCUUCGAGAUGCUCGCAUACGAUUCACAAAAUGGCUAAUCAGCGAAGGGAUUUGGGUAAAUAUGACAUGGGCUAAGCAAAGCGGAAAAGUUGAAGUGUCGAGAACGCCAGAUAUAGAAACAGAGAGAGAGAGGGAGUUGGAGAGUAAGAGAAAAGGCAAUAGUGUGAGUGAGAUGUAUGAUAUAGAGCAAUAUCCUUAAAAGUUAGACUUUUACUAGUUGAAAUGUGUCAGAUAAUAAUAAGAAAUGAAGGGAAUGCAAAAUGAUAAAAGAUAUGUAAGCAAUGCUUACUUAAAAUAAAGAUAGAAAGAUAUGUAACAAAAUGAAAUGAAGAUUAUGUGCUUGCUAUGAAUUAUGAAGAAAGCUGAGUAAGAUCACAUGAAUAAAAAUAAUUGAAGCCUCCUCAACCGUUAUUAGUAUUUAAUUACGUUUAAUGAAUGCUAUCAGUUGCUAUUGUAUAUUAGUUAGAAGAAAACAAAUGAAAUUUUCAAAUAUAUGUAUAAAUCACAUACAUAUACAUAUAUGUAAAUGCUUUCUAAAACAAAUAAAAUAUAGUAUGUAAGUUAAUUUUUCUCCAUCACAAAAAAAAAAAAAAAAAAAAAUCUUAAUGUAUGUGAACCUCAAAUUAUGUAGAAAUAUUCAUUAAAACUCAUAGAAGAAGCAGAGUUCCUCCAAUAUACAUAUAUGUACAUACAAAAAAUUAGUAGCGCAGCAAGCAAAGCAGCAUUAGUUUCAUGUGAUAUUGAACGAACAAAAUUUUAUAAUUACUGCACACAGCUGAAUAGACACACAAGCAAAAGUAAGCAAGCAAACAUAAUUUGAUAUACUUUCAACUUCAACUUUUCUCGUUUUGCUAAUUGUUGAGUUUAGAGCUGAAACAAAUUGAAAUGAAGUGAAAAUUUCCCUACAUUUAUAGGUACAUACAUACACCAAUAUAUAGACUAAGCUAUAGCUCUCUAUGUAUUUUAAAUUUAAUAACGGCAGGCUGUAAAAUGAAUUCAAAUUUAUAAAUGUCAUGAAUUCUUUUUUUCGUUUUUCAUAGAUUUUUGGACAAAUCUAAAUAUUAAAUUUUGCAAAAUGAAAAAUAAAAAAAAUUAAAAACGAAUCGAAAGAUAGGCUUGAAAGAGAAUAGUGGGAGGUGUGUGUAGAGAUGAAAGGGCACAUAAAUGGCAUUAUGGCAAGCAUUUUACUCGUUUAGUUUAGUUUUAUUACUCUUUUUUUUUAUUCAAUCUAAAAACGUUUCGAAAAAGUGAGUGCAAAAAUUUAAAACUCGAAAGCUUGUUGGAAAACUGGUAUAUU